GAUUUAGUUUUGAUAAAAAUUACGUAAAAUAAAAACACAAAUCCGCAAUUUUUGUUGUUUUGGGAAUUCUCUAGCCACCGUUGGCCAUUCGACUGCUUGGAGCAAAAUCAACUAUGUUCAGGUUCGCAAUAAAGGUAGGCCUCGCUGGUGGUACCGUGUACUACACCAAGCAGGAAGGCAUAUGGGAGGAAAACACCGAAAAGGUGUACGAACGAUACGGAACCGCGCUCAAGCCGUACCUGGAAUCGGUCAAGAAACAGAUUCCUUUGGAUAUACCGGCCCUUCCUUCCAGCGGAGAGCUUUGCUUCGUGACGAAACAUUAUUACAAUGAAGGUGUCAAGAGUACGAUCCACUUUAUCCAUCGGCUUCCUUGCUACGCCGGGCAAUUAGCGAAAAAGGGUUCGGAUGCGAUUAAACAGGCGUUAGAUGCACAGCCAGGACAGAAGGCCGAACAUGCCGCCGCUGCUGCACCAGUAGCGACACCAGCGAAGAAAUAA